ACUCUCGUAGUCUCGUUGUUACACUACUCUCUCUCACUAACAAAGACCCCGCAACAUACUUGUUGUAUUUAGAGAGAGAGAAAGUGUCUAUAUGUGUCUGUAGCUUUUGGGAAUCUUUCAUCCUUUGAGAUCGUUCAUCAUUGAGAUUGUGAAAAACCCAGAAAAUCAAUUAGAAUCCAUAAAAAAAAAGAUAACCCAUAAGCUAUAUUCUCUGUUUUUGUGCAAAUAAUCUCUCUCUUUUUUGGCUAUUGGGCAUUUCAGUUUAAACCCCAUUUGAGCAGAAAAAAAGAGAUUGGAAGUUGAAUGGAAGAUUCUAAUUUAUCCUGAUUCAAGGGAUUUGAUCAGCUUAUUCAUGCAAUACCCUUUAUUUAAUUGGUUGAUUUUGAUCGUGAAUCUGAUCAGAAAAUUCAGCUGGGAAUGAACGGUGGCGGUGGUAGUGGAGGUGGUGGUGAUGGAGGUAUGACUCCGCCGUCGCCGCCGCUGGAUUGGAAGUUCUCUCAAGUGUUUGGGGAGAGAACUGCUGGUGAAGAGAUUCAAGAAGUUGAUAUAAUAUCAGCUAUUGAAUUUGAUAAGACUGGGGACCACCUUGCUACUGGUGAUCGUGGGGGUCGGGUUGUUUUGUUUGAGAGGACCGACAAAAAGGGUCAUGAUGGACCUAGAAGAGAUCUUGAAAAGAUGGAUUGUUCAACUAGUAGGCAUCCCGAGUUCCGCUAUCAGACCGAGUUUCAGAGCCAUGAACCAGAGUUUGACUACCUAAAGAGCUUAGAGAUCGAGGAGAAAAUUAAUAAAAUCAGAUGGUGUCAGAUGGCUAAUGGUGCUCUGUUUCUUCUUUCUACUAAUGACAAAACCAUCAAAUUCUGGAAGGUCCAAGACAAGAAAAUCAAGAAAGUGUGCAAUGUGAAUUUGGAUCCAUCCAAGAUAAGUGGCUCUCCCACUGAUGCUGGUAUGUUGGCAAGUCCUAAAGGCAUUUCAAAUGGAGGAUCUAAUAUCAAACCUGUCAAUUGUUUGAGCACUGACUUUUCAUUCCCGCCUGGGGGCAUUGCAUCACUACGCUUACCUACGGUAACUAGUCAAGAAACAAGUCUUAUGGCAAGUUGUAGAAGAGUAUAUGGUCAUGCGCAUGACUAUCAUAUCAAUUCUAUUUCAAAUAACAGUGAUGGCGAGACCUUUAUUUCGGCUGACGAUCUCCGCAUCAAUCUUUGGAACUUGGAAAUUAGCAGUCAAAGCUUCAAUAUCGUUGAUGUUAAGCCGUCAAACAUGGAGGAUCUGACUGAGGUGAUAACGUCAGCAGAAUUUCACCCUACCCACUGCAACACGUUAGCAUACAGUAGUUCAAAGGGUUCUAUCCGACUAAUUGACCUACGGCAGUCUGCUUUAUGCGAUAGUCAUAGCAAACUGUUUGAGGUGCAGGAGGCUCCUGGUUCAAGAUCUUUUUUCACUGAGAUAAUUGCUUCAAUUUCAGAUAUCAAGUUUGCAAAAGAUGGUAGAUAUAUGCUCAGUCGUGACUAUAUGACUCUUAAGCUGUGGGAUAUACAUAUGGAUUCUGGGCCUGUUUCAACUUUCCAGGUCCAUGAACAUCUCAGACCAAGGCUCUGUGAUUUGUAUGAAAAUGAUUCCAUUUUUGACAAAUUUGAAUGCUGUCUGAGUGGAGAUGGGCAGCGAGCAGCAACUGGCUCUUACAGCAACUUGUUUCGUGUUUUUGGCUGCUCUUCGAGUAGCGCAGAAGCCACGACCUUAGAAGCCAGCAAAAACCCCAUGAGGAAGCAACUUCCAACCACAACAAACCAUAGACCUUCAAGAACAGGCACCUUUACACGUGGUGCAAGGCAAGGAUCGGAGAGCCCUGGAAGCGAUGCAAAUGGAAAUGCAUUUGAUUUCAAUAUGAAGUUGCUUCAUUUGGCAUGGCACCCCACCGAAAACUCAAUUGCAUGUGCUGCUGCAAACAGCCUGUAUAUGUAUUAUGCCUAGAGAUAUUCUUUGACCGGAAUGUGCUUCUGCAAAAUAAAAAGUUCAUCUUGAACUAGAAGAAUUCUUUUGGUAACAAUUCCAGAAUGAAGGAUUUUUACAGAUUGCAGUAUGUUAGAAGCAGAAAUGGGUUAUCCUCUGCUGUUAGGUCAGAUGAAAAAAGAGUUACAGGUUACAAGAAAAGUGUUUUAUAACAGUAGAUACGACGAGAAUGUCUCAGUCGGCAGUGAUGAUGCUUGUGGACAUGAGAUCGAACUUCAACUGCAGAAUGCUAUAAUGGAGCUCUUAAGGUUCAUCAUUCACAUCAAUACCAUCCGCCCUUUGUAUUAUUAUUGUUAUUAUUGUUAUGAUUGUUAUUAUUGAACCAUUAGCACUCUUAGGAUUCCUGCAAAAUGUUUAUUACUGUUGUUAUUAUAGUCAUUUAUCAGCUAACCAAUUCUUUUGUGUUGUCCUUAAUUCCCAAAUUUUCUGUUGUAUAAUCAUAUGAUUACAAGUACUAAUGUUUUUCAUUUGUAAUAUUGUGAUAAUCAUUACUUUCUCAUUUAAUUUAUUCUCACCGUUUACUUUCCA